AUGCCAACCUGCCAACAGAAUUGGGAUCAGAUCAACCAAGAACAAAACCACCUCAUCCAGGAGCAGUAUGCAUUGUGCAAUGCACAGCCUGAGGGGUUGGAGGAUCAGCUUCAACAACAGCUUAACAAUGAACAGCUUGCUGCCUUCAACCAAGUACUUGCCUCAGUUCAAAAUGAUCUUGGGGUCACAUUCUUCCUUGAUGGACCUGUAGGGACUGGCAAAACAUUCCUGUACCAGACCUUAUGCACUACUCUCUGUGCUCAAGGGAAAAUUGUGAUAUGUGUUGCGUCCUCUGGAAUAGCUGCUCUGCUGCUUUCAGGAGGGAAGACAUCACAUUCUGUUUUCAAAAUCCCAAUUGAGAUCAAGGAGGACAAUACUUGCAAUAUCUCAAAGCGCUCAGAACUUGCUGCCCUUAUUGCAUGUACAGAUUUAAUCAUCUGGGAUGAAGUACCUAUGCAGCAUAGAUUCUGUGCUGAGGCAUUUAACCACACCUGCAAAGACAUUGCAUAUCAUCCAGACAAGCCAUUUGGAGGUAUCACUGUGGUUUUUGGAGCAGAUUUCCACCAAACCUUACCUGUUAUCCCCAAGGGAGCACCAGAGCAGACUGUUGUAGCAUGCCUCAAAGAGUCACCACUUUGGGCUGGCAUGGAGAAGAUGAGGCUCACCCGUAAUAUGCGCCUACAGCAUGGGGAUGCAGAGAUGGCUGAGUUUGCCACUAGGCUUUUAGGAAUUGGUGAAGGCCUUCAAAUUCCCCAGGGGACCAGCUCAUCUGAAACUGCAUUCAAGCAGUCCAUGUUAGUGGAAAGCAGAGACAGCUUAAUUAACAAGAUCUAUGGGAACCUUGAUCAACUCCCUCAGCUAAAUGAUGAAUACUUCUGUAGUUGCACUAUCCUUACACCUUGGAAUGAUGAUGUUUUGAUCCUGAACAAGAUAAUUCUCAGAAAAUUUCCAGGGGAAAUGCAGAUCUUCCACAGUGCUGACAAGGUCAUUUAUGAGGCUGCAGUGGAUGAUGAGAGGCUUGGGACAUUGUCAACAGAGUAUCUCAACUUCUUGAGCUCUGGAAGUAUUCCACUCUCAGAUCUGGAACUCAAAGAAGGCUGUCCUGUUAUGAUACUAUGCAAAUUAGCCUGUUCACAAGAUGUCUGCAAUGGAACCCAUGGCAUUGCUCUGAAGCAGGGAACACUGUAUUCACUCCAAGGAUCUCUCUAA